GAACGAGUAGGUGGAUUACCAAAGAAGCAACAGAAGUCGUAGCUGACAGCAGCAAACAGCAGCAAACACCAGGGUCAUGGAGCCACAGCAGAUUAGAGAGGGAUACUUGGUGAAAAAGGGUACAGUGCUAAACUCCUGGAAGGCGGUGUGGGUAGUGCUGUCAGAAGAUGGGAUUGAAUUCUACAAAAAGAAAACAGACUCAUCUCCAAAAGGGAUGAUCCCGCUAAAGGGAGCCACGCUCAUCAAUCCCUGCCAGGAUUUUGGCAAGAGGAUGCUGGUUUUCAAGAUUACCACAGGCAAGAAGCAGGAUCACUUCUUCCAAGCUUCACACAUGGAGGAGAGAGAGUUUUGGGUGAAGGACAUGAAGAGAGUCAUUACCUGCCUAGAGGGGGGGAAAAAGUUUGCCAGGAAGUCCACAAGACGCUCCAUUCGCCUACCUGACAAAGUCAACCUGACGGAACUGUUCACACAGAUGAAAGACCAGGAUGAUGGAGUAAAAGAGUUAAAACUGGAGCAGGAGAAUCGAGUUUUUAACCACUGCUUCACAGGUACGACCGUGGUAGAGUGGCUGAUUUCAAAGGAGAAAGCCAGGAAUAGAGCCGAGGCCCUCAUGUUAGCGACGGGGCUCCUAAACGAGGGUUUUGUCCAGCCUGCUGGUGACCUGUCAAAAGAGGGAGCAGAGAGUGGAGAACAGUCUGUUUUCUUAGAUCAGACAAUUGCUCUCUAUUACUUUGCAGACAGUGGGUUCUUCUGUGAAGGCUACUCCAGUGACGAAGAUGUGCUUCUGAAGGAAGAGUUCAGAGGAAACAUCGUAAAACAGGGUUGUUUACUCAAACAGGGACAUAAGAGAAAAAACUGGAAGGUGCGAAAGUUCAUACUGAGAGACGACCCUGCCUUUGUGCAUUAUUAUGAUCCUACAAAGGGUGAUGAACCUCUGGGCUCCAUUCAUCUCCGUGGGUCUGUCGUUACAGCCGUGGAGUACGUCCCUGAUGCAAAAAAAUAUGACAUUGAUGGCAACCUCUUUGAGAUCAUCACCUCAGAUGAGAUUCACUACUUCCUCCAAGCUGCUACAGCAGAAGAAAGAAAGGAGUGGAUCAAAGCAAUACAGGCCGUGUCAAAAAGUGGAAAAUAACAGCAGAAGCCAGGAAGCCACAGUUUGGGUUGCGUUUGCAGCAAAGUUGAACUGUGAUUAUAUAAAAUAAAUGUAAAGUCACUCCUCUUUAAACUUUCAAACUAAAGUUAUAUUGUUUUUAGGCAUGUAGUAUGUAGGGAAUUAAAGACAAACAGUUAGCAAUG